UGAGCUGCUGCUGGAGAGAGCACAGCCCGGAAAAGGAGGUAACUGGGUAACCGCAAAUAGUUUGCAUUUAUGUAGCAUUGUUAGAUUUUUUUUUUCAUAGGCUACAUGACAUUUUACACACUGUUCUGUGUGUAUUAUUUGCAUUACUGAUAAUAAUCAUAGAAGAGCGUACCAACAGUUUGGAUGGAGGAGUAAGAAUUUCACUUCUAAAACUGAACUAAUUCUGGAGAGCACUUCUGUUGUGAUUGGAUGGAGUGAUUUCAACAAACUCGUACCAUCUCCUCAUCUCUGACUGAUCUUAAAUUCCACCUGCAGACCAUCAUGACUGACUCAAACCACACCCCGUCCUGCUACGCCAACACCAGCACACCAUAUACAUAUGCUCCUAAAAUGGGUAAAGUCUAUUUAUCGGCCAUUUUCAGCAUUUUGGGCCUCAUCUCCAAUCUAGUUGCCUUUAUUGUCCUUAUCAAAUCUUGUAAGCAGACACAAAACACAUCACGCUCUUUCUUCCUCAUCUUCCUGGGUGGUCUUGUGGUCACCGACUUCAUGGGUCUGCUGGUCACUAGCUCCUUUGUGAUGUCGUUCUACGUCACAUAUGUUGAUUGGCGUCUAUCUGACCCCACCUGCCGCUUCUGCAACUUCAUGGGUAUGUCCAUGGUCUUCUAUGGAUUGUGUCCUCUGCUACUUGGUGCCACCAUGGCCAUCGAGCGGUUUAUUGGCAUCAAAUAUCCAUUUGCACGUUCCUCCAGAUUGUCCAAAGGAAGGACUGUCUCCAUGGUGCUGCUGGUAUGGUUUAUCGCUGGAAGCAUAUCAUUGUUGCCACUAACAGGCUUUGGCAGCUACCACAUUCAGACACCUGGCUCCUGGUGUUUCAUCAACAUCAGCUCUAAGAGAGGUGACUGGGCCUUCUCUCUGCUCUUCUCCUUGGUUGGACUGAUCAGCAUCACUGCAUCAUUUUUGCUAAACACUGUGAGUGUGGUGACCCUGAUCAAGGUGUGUCGGGGAGCAGGGAGGAGACAACGGAGCAGAGACCAUGAAGUGGAAAUGAUGGUGCAGCUUAUACUAAUCAUGAUUAUUGCCACUGUUUGCUGGUGCCCAUUGCUGGUCUUCAUUGCCCAGGCAGCUUUGGCUGGAAAUGGUUUCCAAAUGAAACAACUGCUCCUCUGGAUACGCUUCGCCACCUGGAACCAAAUACUAGAUCCAUGGGUAUACAUCCUGUUUCGCCGGUCAGUUUUGAAGAGAGUCAACCCUCAUGCCAACUGGUCCCGGACCUCCGUCGUGUCUUUGUAUCCAUCUUUCCAUGAGAACAUCUGUAGAUUCACGAGGUCUUCAGAGGGGAGCAACCUAGGCUCCGAUGUCCCAGAAAAUACCAAAAAAUCAAAUGUGAUGUCCACAUCUCCAGCAACACCCUCCCCAUCUUCUCCAUGUUUGGUUGGAUCUGAGUCAUAAUUACAGCAGACUGACAUAAGUAAAUAAGGUCUACUCUACAGUGACAGUUCAUGCUAAAUUUCAUGCUAAAUGUGAUGAGGAGAACUUGCAUGGUUGCACCAAUAUUGUGAAGCAACUGUAUCUCUUUAUGGCACUUUCUGGAUUUCAAAUGUUUGAAAUUAUCAUUACUUAACUAUUAGAGCCUAAUAUAAGGACUAGGAAGCAUCUGAUUAUAUACAGAGAUAUAACCAACAGUAGAUUUAAAAAUGAACUUCAACACAGGUAAAACAUGUAAAGCCAACAAUGAGUUGUCUAAGCUGGCAUUUUUCAAUUAUCUGCUGUACAUUUAGAAUACUCCAUAAGCAGCUAUUACUGUGCUUAUUAUGACAGAGAUAUGCUAUAAUAUUAUGCAUAAUGGUAAUAUAUGCAUUUUGAAAAAUUAAAUGCUUGAAUAUGAAAAUAUGAGAAUGGUCAUUAUAAAAAAUAUUUAGAGACUGACAAGAUCAUUCUGAAGAGCAACAUCUUUCCUUAUAUUUUCUCCUGUUUGUAAUGUCUGAGUUCAGAUUUCUGUUAAAGUAUAUAUGCCAUCAUUUAUCUCACUUUCCAUCCAUCAUCCAUCCAUCCAUCCAUCCAUCCAUCCAUCCAUCCAUCCAUCCAUCCAUGGUCUAUAACCGCUAAUUAUAGGGUUGUUGAGGUAUGGUGCCUAUUUCCAGCAGUAAUAGGCACCAUAUGAAACCCAUUCAAUAGGUUUAUGAAAAUGAGCUAAUAUGAUUGAUAGUAUUACCUUCUGCAGUGAUAUGUUUUUUGGUUGGUAUAAGAUUUAACAAUGUGAUCUUUUGCUCUUUAGUGGUGUCAUUCUUCCCUAAAAUAAUAAUAUUACUUACUGUUGUUCUUACUUUUCACCAUUGGUGUGUAGACACAAUGAAUUGUUUAAUUCUUUAAUCUUUGAAAUAAAAAAGCUCUUUUUUAAAAUGUG